AUGGACAGAGGAAGAGAUAAAUUACAAAGAACAUCACUUUCAAACCGUCUUGAUGAAAAAUCAGCAGAAGAUAUACUUAUCAACCUUCCUGUCAAGUCUCUUGUGCGAUUUAAAUCUGUAUCCAAAAGUUGGCAGUCAUUCAUUGAGGAUCCAUCUUUUAUAGAGUCGUAUCUAAGUAGAUCAAAAGCACAUCCUCAACUUCUCACCACGAUUAGAGACACUGAUUCCAUUGUAGUUCCUUCACCGGAGGAUGGGUUCAAAGGUGGAGCGGCUCUUCAUAAGGUUAAAAUUCCAUGGUCUCGUGCUGGUAUGUCAAACCCCAUCCAUGGGUGGUUGUUCUGUUUAGUUGACAGGAAUAUUAGAUGUACUCGCAUAUACAACCUUGGCACUCGGCAGGCUACUCCAUGGGCAAAAACAUGCAUUCCAUUAAAUAUUGGUGCUUCUAUUGUUCAGACGCCGAGUUAUGGAUUUGGAUCUGAUCCUUUGACUAACAGCUGCAAAGUAGUAUGUGUUUGGGAGAAAUAUUCUCUCACGUCUCUCUCUAUGAAGAAUCCAAAAGGAGUCAAACAUAGUUGUGAAGUUUUUAGAGUGGGAGGAGGAGGAGGAAAUCGAUGGAGGAAGAUAGAUGAGGUGCCACCGGUUAGAUUAUUUGGAAGCACUGGUGUUUAUGCAAACGGUUCGAUUUACUGGAGGAAUGACAGUGUUAAUAGUUUUUUCGUACCUCGGGAUAGUGAAUUGAUUGUGGCAUUUGAUGUUGGAACCGAAAAGUUUAGUCAUUGA